AUGGAGGAAUUUUUAUUACGGAAUCUGUUCUUGUUUGCAUUAAGAAAAGGAUAUAUACAAGGGGCGGAAGCCGUGCUUCGUCUCUACGAUCACACGUCUUAUCGUCCCCCUGCCCUGGCCGAAUGGUGCCUGUUCGCAGUGCGUGAACUCACCUCAGCGACUAGCCAAGAAGGCAAUACUGCUGAUCCGGAUAAUUUGACCCCUACAACUGAGGAACAACGGUCGCGACUUGAAGCACUGCUAGACAUGGCUAUUGAGUUUAUUGAGCAGAUAGACCCAUCAAAUCAGUACUAUAAUCCCUUGAAUGAAUUUAUUGAAAAAGCUCGGCGUUUGGUAAGUAAGUUGAAGGGUCGUUUUUUGGUGCGCUUUAAUUAUUAUUCAAUUUUUCGUACGUUAAGUUUGAUCAAUUUAAGUUACUGUGAUGGCGCAUAA